GCUGCCACUAGGGAACAGGACACUGCGUUUGACGCAUGGAGUGCGUGGCGCGUCACGAACACGGCAACCACCAGCUACCCCUUUAAAGUUGCAUACAAACGGGUAGGCACGUCCUCGAAGACCAAACGGUGGCAAUGGCACAGAUACCAGUUCGAGCCUGAAAGUAAUUCGUGCUCGACGAGCAAGCAGCCGUAAUAUUAAUAGGUUGACGAUAUCAAGCGCCAACUACGCGGGCAAACGGCCAAUGUGCACAAACGUAUUGAGAGGGUUUCGAAAUGAAGAUAUCCAUGUUCUAAAAAAUGUUUGUGACCCUGAUCGAACAGUCCCCACAGUGUGUUUUGAUUUCCAUCGAACACCUAGUGUGGCUAGUUAACAAGUGUUAAAGAAGUUCUAGAAAGUUAACUUAAGUGAAACUUGUGGCCAAGACUACACAGUAACUGCGACAAGCCAGAGGAAACGACUGAUUAUUUCGUGUUGCUCGUCUGUGCAGUUAUAGUAAAUAAUAAUAUAGAGAUAAGACAGGAUAACAGGUAAACCUUGAAACUUAGCGGGAAACAGAGAGAGAAUCGUUUGAAAAAACAGGGAAACGACAACGCUAUGGAGCUCUAUUGCGCGGAGAGCUUCGACAGUAGUUGGAACAAUCCCGGCACAGCCCUGCUGGCACCGAGGGAUCGCGCCGUCGCGCCUUCAACAGCUAUCGGCAAUAUGCUCUUCAUCGAGGAUAAAUACUCCGUAUCGCAAGACUACUUCAUGACGGUACAAUCGGAGGUGCGGCCGCACAUGAGGAAAGUUCUUGCCGUAUGGAUGAUUGAGGUAACCGAGGAAGAACAGUGUGAAGAUUCGGUGUUUUGUCUGGCAAUGAACCUGGUUGACCGCUUUCUUUCGCGAGUCGACGUGAAGAAAGCCCAACUGCAACUCCUUGGAUGUGUGUGUCUUCUGCUGGCCUCGAAGAUGCGGCAAUCUCGCCCGCUUACGGUGGACCGACUCGUCUACUUCAGUGAUUUCUCUAUUUCCGCCAGCGACAUUCGGGCAUGGGAGUUGGUGGUUCUGAAUACACUUGAAUGGAACGCCGAAAACGUGUUAGCGUGUGACUACUUCUCUCCCCUAUUCGAACAUUUACUGAAGUCUUCGCGCGCAAUAGAGGAAGCUCGCAAGCGAGCGUCGGGCAUUCACGCGAUGCUCUCUAUCGAAUCAAGUUUUAUACAUUACGCCGCCUCACUAUUGGCGGCCGCAUGCGUUGCUGCUGCUGUCAAAGGGUUUCACUGGUCACGGAGUCUCAUCUACCCGGCUCAUCACCAUGACGAAAUGAUACUAAGCUUGUCGCAGCUUACAACCCAGAAACCCGAGAGGAUCGUUCGCUGUUUGAUGGAUAUUGACAUGUUGGCGACCGCUUCGAGUUACCAGUGUUCGAAUAUGGCGCCCAAAGCAUCUCCCCCGAAGGCGUCGGGUGGACUAUCGCCAUCUAGCGGUGGUUUUACCACCGCUUCGGCUGAUGGUGCUACAGCAACCAAAUCCGUUGAUUGUACAACUCCUACCAAUACAGAGCCUGGACAUAAGUUCCAGCCCGAAACUCCAACUGACGUACAAGAUGUCGACUUUUAAACCUAGAGAUUCAGCUACGUCGGAAUCGACCGGGCAAGACCAGGAUAUUUUAUUGCGAAGUGAAGCUACACCUAACACUCAAGGGACACAAAAUCAAAGGCAACUUCUCUCAUAAUACCGGUUGAAUCUCCAAAGACGCCAAUUUAUAGGAUCUGCAAUGCCAACAAACCAGUUUCGGAGUUUUUAUGGAUUUCGUCAUCAACUUCACAGACAUCAGUAAAGAAAGUUGUGAUUUGGUCGAUAAGCCACGUCAUACGACGAAAUUACUGUCCGCCAAUUUAGACAGCUCAAGAUAUUAAGACGUAGAAGCGGAAAUUAUGUCUGAUUGGAUCGAUGGAAAAGGUCCAUUGUUUUUGAACAGCUAUGAAAAGUUGUUUAGAAGAAAAUUAUUUUAAAUAGACUAAACUAUCUCAUAAUUUUUUCCUGUAAAUUACGAUCAGUAAGAAAUGACUCAGUAAAUUAAGCAAUUGAGCCAUUAAAAAAUUGAUUCUGAAGUAGCGUCUUAUUAUCUACCAAACACAAAUGAUUGCUCAAAAAGCUUUCCUCAGCAAAACAAUUUUUUUUUAGGCGAAUUCUCUUGAAAAGGUCUUCGUUUUUUGUCAACAAGACAAUGCGAGUAGUGAUGACAGUCGAAAAAAUGCAGUAUUAUUUUUAUAACUAUUUAAAAUUAAAUAUCAUCCUUAACUAUAAUUAUUAUCAGUGAAGUGUUUUUACACAUUAAUUGAUGUAAAGGAGAGACUAUGAUGAAGAGGUAAUAUAUUCUCUAUUCUGUAACGAGCAAAAUGUUAGAAGUAUCAGAAAAUCGCUAUGUUUAUUAUUAUUAUUAUUAUUAUACACUGUUGUGACCCUGAACCGUAAUAACUAUAAUAUGGAGAUACCUAUAAACCUAUUUUGUACCUACCCACAUGUUAACAUCCACGUUGUAGGACAACGUUCGGUCCUGCGGGAGACCUAUGUAUGGUACAAGUGUAGAGUGAUCCAGCGAGCCAUUGCCAUUUGUCGAACAUAACGGAGAAGCAAAUAAGCGAACAAACGAAAGAAAAUAUAUAAUGAGAAAAAAAGUAUUAUGAGUUGUGGUCAGGAUGCGUUUCUUGAUACGAUUGUUAAUAAUACCAUGACAUGUCUAUUGUACUGUGUUAUUCACGGUUAACUAGAUAGAACGUUGACAAAUUAGAAACACAGCUGUUCUGCUAGACACGUGUACCCAAGAUCAUCGUUACUUUCAUCGCUAGCAUUAUCCGUCUGUAGACACCCCCAUCUGUUUAACUACGCAAAUGGAGUUUGGCCCAUUUUUGUACAUGUGAAAUCUAUUGUCACAGUAUAAAAUGUCCUCUGUGUAUACGACAGAAGUGCUACAUGCUCGUAGAUUCGAUACUAAUUGCCUCCUGUGCUUCGGUGGACACCUGAAGGAGGCGUCUACGCUCAGGAGAACCCACAUCCGCAUUAUCUAGAGACUAUAUUUAUUUUCCGCGCGUGUGUGAACAUUAUUGAAGAGAUGCCCCGUGAAUGUGCGCAAACAUUGCCAAUAAUAUACACAGUACAAACAAAUGAAAAAGGAACGCCAUCGGUGACCACGAU